GACGGGCGCCGGGCCGCAUGAACAAUAGGCGGCGGUCCCGGCCCCGCCGUCCGCCGCAGUGCCCGGCUGCCUCGGGCGCCUCCCCCUAUGGAGCAGCCUCGCCAUGGAGCCCCUCACCGAGCUCAGCCAGGAGGGCGCGGGCGGCGGGGAGCCGCCGGGCGGCGGGCCGCUCUGGACCGCCGUCUUCGAGUACGAGGCGUGCGGCGAGGACGAGCUGAGCCUGCGGCCGGGGGACGUGGUGCAGGUGCUGUCCCGGGACUCGCACGUGUCCGGCGACGAGGGCUGGUGGACGGGCAAGAUCGACCAGCGCGUCGGCAUCUUCCCCAGCAACUACGUGAGCAGCGGCGUGCCGGGAGGCGGCCCGGAGCUGCGCGCCCGAUACCCGCCGCCCCCCCUGAUACAAAUCCUGGAGAUCGACUUCUCAGAGCUUGUUCUGGAGGAAAUCAUUGGCAUAGGGGGCUUCGGAAAAGUCUAUCGAGCUGUGUGGAUAGGAGAUGAGGUUGCUGUCAAGGCAGCUCGCUAUGACCCUGAUGAGGACAUCAGCCAGACCAUUGAGAAUGUCCGCCAAGAGGCCAAGCUCUUUGCGAUGUUAAAACAUCCCAACAUCAUUGCCCUCAGGGGCGUGUGUUUAAAGGAACCUAAUCUUUGCUUGAUCAUGGAGUUUGCCCGUGGAGGAUCGCUAAAUAGAGUGUUGUCUGGUAAAAGGAUACCUCCUGACAUACUAGUGAACUGGGCAGUACAGAUUGCGAGGGGAAUGAACUACCUGCACGAGGAAGCGAUUGUUCCCAUAAUUCACCGUGACCUGAAGUCCAGCAACAUACUGAUACUCGAAAAGGUGGAAAAUGGAGAUCUGAGCAACAAGAUGUUGAAGAUCACGGAUUUCGGCUUGGCCAGGGAAUGGCAUAAAACUACCAAAAUGAGCGCAGCUGGAACAUAUGCCUGGAUGGCUCCUGAGGUCAUCCGCUCCUCCAUGUUCUCCAAAGGCAGCGAUGUUUGGAGUUAUGGUGUGCUGCUUUGGGAACUGCUAACAGGAGAAGUUCCAUUCCGAGGAAUUGAUGGUCUUGCGGUAGCAUACGGUGUUGCCAUGAAUAAACUUGCCCUUCCAAUCCCUUCCACAUGUCCAGAGCCUUUUGCCAAACUCAUGGAAGAUUGUUGGAACCCUGACCCACACUCUCGACCUUCCUUUGCCAGUAUCCUAGACCAUCUUACUGCCAUAGAAGAGUCUGGUUUCUUUGAAAUGCCCAAAGAUUCCUUCCACUCCCUGCAGGAAGACUGGAAACAAGAGAUCCAAGAGAUGUUUGAUCAGCUCAGAGCCAAAGAAAAGGAGCUGCGCACAUGGGAAGAAGAGCUGACUCGUGCUGCUGUUGAACAGAAGAAUCAUGAAGAGCUGUUGCGAAGGCGGGAACAGGAGCUGGCAGAACGUGAGAUUGACAUCCUGGAAAGGGAGCUCAACAUCAUCAUCCACCAACUGUGUCAGGAGAAGCCUCGGGUGAAGAAACGCAUGGGAAAGUUCAAGAGGAACCGGCUCAAGUUAAAAGAUGGCAAUCAUAUCAGCCUGCCUUCAGAUUUUCAGCAUAAAUUCACUGUGCAGGCUUCUCCAACGAUGGAUAAAAGGAAAAGCUUGAUCAGUAGCUGCUCCAGCCCUCCUGCAAGUCCUACCAUUAUUCCCAGACUCAGGGCCAUACAGUUGACUCCUGCUGAAAGCAGUAAAACGUGGGGGCGAAGCUCAGUCCUUCCAAAGGAGGAAGGAGAGGAAGAAGAGAAGAGAGGCCAAAAGAAAAAGGGACGCACCUGGGGACCAAGCUCAAUUUGUCACAAGGAGCUAGGUGCAGGAGAAGAUGGUCUGAAAGCUCUGGUAGAAGGAUACAAACAGUGGUCAUCCAGUGCACCGAACCUUGGGAAGAUCCAGAGAACUGCACCAGCUUUUCCAGGAUUCACCAGCUUAGCAGAGAUGGAUGAUGAAGACAGCGAAUGUCUUAAUGGAGAGGACAAAGUGCACCCUUCACCUGUGCACAAUCAGUCAUACCUCUGCAUCCCAUUUCAGAAGAAUGAAGACUGGGAUGGCCCUUCUAGUGAUGCCAAUGAGGAGUCCACCCCUGUAAACUCUGCUACUAGUACCCCACAGCUGACACCCACCAACAGCCUCAAACGUAGUGGCUCCCACCACAAGCGAUGUGAGGUUGCACUGCUUGGCUGUGGAGCAGUGCUGGCUGCUGCUGGCCUGGGUUUUGAUCUGUUAGAAGCAGGGAAGUGUCAGCUGCUGAUUGAGGAGGAGCCAGAGGUGCCCAAGGAAGAGAAGAAGAAGCGUGACAGCAUUUUUCAGCGAGCUGGACGCCCACGCAGGAGCACUAGUCCACCUUCCCGGAAGAUCUUCAAGAAGGAGGAUCCCAUGUUGUUGCUAGGCGAGCCAUCCACAUCCCUUACCCUUCUUUCCCUGUCCUCCAUUUCCGAAUGUAAUUCCACCCGGUCCCUGCUGCGCUCAGACAGUGAUGAGAUUGUGGUAUAUGAAAUGCCUGUCAGCCCAGUGACAGUCAAGGCUCCUUUGCCAGCCAUUACCAACCCACUAGUCAACGUCCAGAUCGAGAGGUUCAAACAAGACCCCAACCAGUCCCUGACUCCCACACAUGUGACAGUCUCUUCCCACACCCAGCAAAGCGGGCACAGGCGCACACCUUCUGAUGGGGCCAUCAAAGGGAGUGGACUAAUUGUCAACGGGUGCCCAACCAGUGGAUGCCCUUCCAGUAGCUGUUUAACUGGAGCACUGGGAGCAGGUGUAUUAAAAACACCUAGUCCAAGUAGAGAUCCCACUGAGGUCCCUCGCCUGCCAGACCCCAACCUUGUUUUUCCUCCAACCCCGAGACGAUGGAAUGCACAGCAGGAUCCCACACUGGAAAGACCCAAGACAUUGGAGUUCCUGCCCCGGCCACGUCCUGCAGCCAGUCGGCAGCGGCUUGAUCCCUGGUGGUUUGUGUCACCCAGCAAUGCCAAGGGUGAAUCUUCUGCCAAUAGUUCAAGUACUGAUACUCCAAGCAAUCUGGACUCUUGUUUUGCUAGUAGCAGUAGCACUGUAGAAGAGAGACCUGGACUGCCUGCGCUGCUUCCUUUCCAGGUGGGUCCUCCUGUAGAGGAGCGGACACUGUUGGACAUGGAUGCUGAGGGGCAGAGCCAGGACAGCACCAUUCCGCUAUGCAGAAGUGAACUUAACACACACAAAGCUGCAGCAUAUGAACUCAAGCAAGAAUUCUGGUCUUAAUAUGAAACCAAUGGGGACAGUGAGCCCCUCUAAAUUCAGUCCUACUUUUUGCACUGAGAAUGCACUUUGAAGACAGAUGAGAUGGAGGGAUGCUACAGAGAUCAUAUGGUGCUGCCUCUGCUGAAGAUGCAUUGUUGACUGCCUAAUUUUUGUCUGCAGUUGGGUGAAACUUGGCAACUCUGAGCUGCUGAUUUUUGCUGUGGGGUUUUUCUGUAGUCUUCCCUGCCCUCUUAUUGCAGUUUGAAUCUGCAAUGAGCUGAAAUUAUCAUAUCAAAGCCUUUUGUUACUGACCUUGUAGGAUUUGGCACUUGCAGUAAGUAUAUUGGUAUCUAUGCUGGUAUUAAUCAGUAUUUUCAAAACUCAAAUAUUACACAAUAGCAGACAUCAGUGUUUGAUGUUUUCCCAAGGAAUCCGGGACAGAAACAAUUAAUUAUCUAGAGAAUACCUUCUCUGAAAUAUAUUCAGAUCAUUAGACAGACCUGGGAAUCAUCAUACCCCCCACUGAAAGAGGAGAAGUAGCUGUCUUAAGGCUUGUUUGUCCUCUUUUGCUUAUCUGGUAGUGUAUGGUGGAACAGAUUGUAGGGGAAGGGCAUGGCAUCUCCACUGAUGGAGGUCUUUGAGAACAGGCGAACCAGAUGAAACAAGUAGGUGUUGUUGAUCCUGGCUUCAAGGUAGGUUGGAUGAACUUCAGUGGUAUCUUGAGGUCCCUCUCAGCCCUGUUUUUCUAUGACCCGGUGCUUUCAAGAAGAUGAAGGCUUAUGGUAUGGCUGUUUAUCUUGCUUUUUUAUUUCAAACUUUGGUUCCAUCUGUCCCUUUUUUCCUACCACCUGUUUCUCAGGCUAUAGUGAAGUUGCCUCAGCUUUGGGAAGGGAGUUAGCAGGAACUCCUUCUUUAAAGCUGUGUUGACUUCCAGAAGUAAAUUACAUGUUCCCAAAUUUAUCUUCCUGGUUUUUGUCCUUUCUUACACUUUUUAGGAGUGACCCAUGAAACCCAAGACUGUUCUUAUGCACACUGGUACUUGUUUAAGGCUAUUUUAAAAUGAGGCUUGUUAGUAGUUGGAUUGUGCAAACAGGAAUCAGAACAUCUGGAUUCUGUUUUAUUUUGUCACUGAUUCACUGUGUGACCCUAGGCAAAUAAUGUAACCUCUGUGCCUGAAUUUCCCCAUCUGUAAAUAAUAGGAAUAAUACCUACCUCACAAAGGGAGGGGUUGGGACAUAUGUAAUAGUCCUUUGAGAUCUUCGACUGAAAGGCCCUAUAGACAUGUAAAACUUUAUUCUUGUUCAGAUAUGUAAAAAACUAAAUCAAGAGCAAGAACAGAUCCCUGUCUUGAAGGAGGAAGUUACACGAAUAGUGUGUGCCUAUGCUCCCAGUUUUCUGUACAAAGACUUCAAACGUGUCUGUGCCACUACAGGUAUAACUUAGUGGCUGUAAUGAGAGCUUCACACUUCCCCAGGUUCAGCAUUGUAAAUAAGAGAUGUAGCCUUUAUAUCACUGUAAUAGGGUAGUCUGCUUUCUUGGAGGUUAAGCAUAUCUGUUCACUCUUUUUGUACAGAUCUGUGCUCAUUUUGAUAAUCUACUGACCAUUUGGUUGCAAAUAAUUUAUUUGACAGUGACACCAAUGCAGUGCUCAGCCUGUUGGGGCAGUCCAGUCCUGGUGUGAAAGCAACUAACCAAAUACUUCCUGCAGCUGUCAGCACAGAGAAGCUGUGUGUUUAGGUGUUUAUAAUCGGAUUUUAAAAACCAGCAUGUGAGGAAGAAGUGUACAUAAGGGUUUUUAGUUCUGUUUGAGGACUGAAACUAGCAUGUUGCCAUUAAUCAAGUGCACCUUUUUUUCAAGCGAUUACAGUAUGUUUUUGUGUAGAAAGGUCACAAAAUAAGAAAUAUUUCUUAUUUAUCACAUUCCAUGAAAAAUUUUUAAUGGCAGAAUUACUUUCUGCCACCCUCCCCAUUAAAUGCUCCAGAGCUAGCUUUAAUUGUGCUAUAUGAGGUGCUGAAGCUGGAUAGACUGUGUAGACAAGGUGUUGUGAUGUGGAACUAAGAUGCUUAAAAAAGAAAACUUACAUUUCUGACUGUUCUGUUAAAUGUAGAACUUUAGCGUUAUUGAUUUCUUAAGCAUUCAUAGUUUUACUUUCCAUUUCUGAAAAAUCAGUCUGUGAUCCAGAGACUAACAAAAAGGCAAAACCCAUCCAACAGAUGAUUAAUUUUGAUUGUGCUAUAAACGAAGCUCAAGGAAAUGUCAGUGAGAGCCUGUGUCAGAGGGACUAAAGUGAAAGGGAUUAAAACAGUCCCUUAUUCAAAGUCUGCCUUACCAUAUUAAAAAGUCCGAAACAAAACAAGAUCAGCUGUUCUGAAAUGUAAUGUUUUCUAUCCAAAAAGUAUCAUUAUAAAUGUCAUAGGGAGUAUCAUAUGCUCUGCAAAGGCAUCCCCUGGAAUAGCCCCAUUUGAACAGAAAUCUUUAAAAUCCAUUUACUUGCACGAAAUGGGAGGCCACCUUUUUAGGUCAUAUUGUUUUAACUCAGCCUGCUAAACUUUCUGAUAGUUGGCCAGUAAGUUCACCAAGUAAACUCUAAGGUUUCAGUCAAGUUCCUAUCAGUCAAGACAGCUGGAAAGGCAAGUUGUUCUGUCACCUCUUUUGCUUAAGAAAGUUGAGGAUGACUUAUCAAACCCUCCUUGCCACUCUCUCCCUUUUAGAUAAUUACUUGGUGAAAGUGGUGUGUAGCUGAACGAUGAGAAGUAUUUUACUCCAAAGAGCAUCUUCACUAAUACCAAAUGGACCCUUCUUUGAUGCAAUUAUCUUCAUUGAAUCUAGUAUGUGAAUUAGCCACAGGUGGUCUUUGAGUAUCAACCCAUAAGCUGUCCUCUGGUGACUAACCUGAGGUAUCAGGCAAGAGAAGACUGUUGUGGAACCAAGAUUAUUGACUUUAGUAGGUGGUGGGGUAUUCUCUGACAGGCAGAGGGAGCUCUCAAGGCAAAGAGCUGUUUUAUCUUAUGAAUCCCAAAACCUCUCCCUAUAUCCAUCUGUCCCAUCCUGGCUUGAAUUCUCUUCUUUCUUAAUCUGUUGGUGUUUUUCCUUCCCACUUGUGUGAGGUGAGGUGUUCACAUCUCCAAAGGAAUGCUCCACUGUAGUCCCCUAGAUAGUGAGAAGAUGUGAGCCUUUCAGCUCACAAAUCUUUUUUUCCUACUGGCUACUAUUAUUCCCAUUUUUCAGGGAGAUAAAAGUUUCAGAAUAUUGUUCAUUGACAUACUUUUCUAAGAGUAUUCCUGAGGAAAAUAGUGAAAAUAUUACUUUAAAAAAUUCUAAUAAGUGUAUUGUUUCCUAAGUAGCUGAAUAAGUUGCACUUUUUUUUUCUGAGAAAAUGAGAAAAAGAUAACAUGAGAGCACAAAAUCACUGAGCAGUCUAAAACAUAAUGACAAAAGAAUGGAGUAAAGUGUGUCUAAUUACAGGCCUUACAAGGAGGAAGGCACAGUUUUUUAACUCAUAGUAGUAGUGAGAUUGUACCUGAGAGAAAUGUUUGUGGUCUAGAAAUAUAUUUGUGCUUUUUUUUAGUCAGCUGGCACUAUGUAUCACUAAUUUAUGUAAUUGAUAUGCUGAUUUAGGAAAUAUAAAAAAGUUUGUUGGCCCUUCAAAAUAUGCUAUCCUUGUAGCCUGUUUGGUUUUCCUGUAAAACUGGGGGGAAAGCACAGACAUAGCAACCAGUGCAAAAAAAAAGAUGAAUUUUUUUAUAAAUUUCUACUGGUUUUACAGAAAUUCAGUGUGGGACAAGUAGAGAGAAGAAAGCUUUUGUGUCAAAACCAAGGUGAUUAAAUAGUUAUGGAUUUUUUUCUAAUACUGUUGCUUCUUAUGGACUGCACAGUGCUGUGUUUUACCAGCAAGCAGGUCUUGAUCUCCUUUCAGUCCUUUUCAGAGGUGCAGAUGUAACCUUUUAUAGGUAUUUUCUUUCCAGAUUAGUAUUGCAGUGGGUUGAUAUUCAUUAUGAGGCAGGGAACCUCAGUGAAAAUACUCUUUUUGUAAUUGUUUUCUAACAAAAUUAGUAUUUUUAAAGUGAAUAUUUCAUUGUUGAUGUGGAAAGACCUGUUCUGGCUUGGCAUGUUUUUAUGAUGAAGUAUUUUUCUGUACCUCUAGGAAUGGGAGUAGUUGCCUUCCUCUUCAUAGCAUGCUGUUAUCUUAAGACUUUGUGGACAAUACUGCAUAGAGAUGUUGCUUCGAUAUGUCAUGAAACUGGAU